AUGAUCUCAUAUAUUCUUGUUCUCUUUGCAUUGGCGUUCGAUGUUUCAAAUGCUGCAGGGUCAACAUCGGGAUAUGGCAUUGAUGGCUUCUGGCCUUUUGCACCAAAACAUGUCGUUAUCCACAACGUUUUAGCAAAGAAACAGACUCUAAACGUCCAUUGCAGAUCCAGCGAUGAUGAUUUGGGGUUGAUCCAUAUCCCUUGGAAUGGUACUUGGGGUUUCAGAUUUAAAGUUAGUUUCGAAAACUACGAAAUUCCGUUGCCAUUUUACGUGGAAUGUAGAAGAAGAAGAAAGAAGAUAAGAGGAGAAGAGGAGAAGAGAGAGGAGCACACGACGAGUUAUAGAGUUCCCCACUCCACCACCAGGUACAUCUCUCUUCAGGCCUUUCCCUGGAAAUCCACUAGAUCUCUUGAGUUACAGAGUUCACGCGAUAAGCUCUCGGAGCUCUAUCAAUGGCAUCGCAGUACAACGAGCAAGAGGAAAGAGAAAGUCAACAGUGACGUUACAACAAACUAA